CCGCACCGCCUGCUCGUCCUGGCCUUCAUGUGCUUCCUGGGCUUCGGCAGCUAUUUCUGCUAUGACAACCCAGCAGCUCUUCAAACACAGGUCCAGCGGGACAUGAAGGUGAACACAGCCCAGUUCAUGGCACUCUAUGCCUGGUAUUCCUGGCCCAAUGUGGUUCUUUGCUUCUUUGGAGGUUUCCUGAUAGACAGAGUGUUUGGAGUUCGGUUGGGCACUAUAAUAUUUAGCAUCUUUGUGUGUGUUGGGCAGGUAAUUUUUUCUCUGGGAGCACUGCUGAACACUUUCUGGCUGAUGGAGGUGGGCAGAUUCAUAUUUGGGAUAGGUGGAGAGUCCCUGGCAGUGGCCCAGAACACAUAUGCAGUGAGUUGGUUCAAAGGCAAAGAGUUAAAUCUGGUGUUUGGGUUACAGCUCAGCAUGGCCAGAAUUGGGAGCACAGUGAACAUGAAUAUCAUGGGAUGGAUAUACUCAAGAGUUCAAGACCUUCUGGGGUACACUGGGCCCAGCACCCUUGGGUUAGCUCUCAUGAUAGGUGGUGUGACAUGUCUGUUCUCACUGACCUGUGCAUUAGUCUUGGCUUACCUGGACAGGAGAGCAGAGAAACUGCUGUGUAAGGAGCAAGGGAAAACAGGUGAAGUGAUCAAACUCACUGAUGUGAAGGACUUCUCCUUGUCCUUGUGGCUUAUAUUUGGCAUCUGUGUCUGUUACUAUGCUGCAGUUUUUCCUUUCAUUGGACUUGGGAAGGUUUUCUUUAUUGAGAAAUUCAGGUUCUCCCCCCAGGAAGCAAGUGCAAUUAACAGCAUUGUGUACAUCAUCUCAGCCCCCAUGUCCCCUGUCUUUGGCCUUCUGGUGGAUAAGCUUGGAAAGAAUAUCAUCUGGGUCUUAUGUGCUGUGGUAACCACACUUGCUUCUCAUAUCAUGUUGGCUUUUACAUUCUGGAACCCCUGGAUAGCAAUGUGUCUGCUAGGAAUUGCCUACUCCCUGCUGGCCUGUGCCCUAUGGCCCAUGGUGGCUUUUGUUGUCCCAGAGCACCAGCUGGGAACUGCUUAUGGCUUCAUGCAGUCCAUCCAGAACCUUGGCCUGGCAGUUAUUGCUAUAGCAGCUGGGAUGAUUCUGGACACAAGAGGAUACUUAUUUCUUGAAGUUUUCUUCAGUGCUUGUGUUUGCUUGUCCCUGAUAGCUGUGGUCAUGCUGUACUUUGUGAAUCACCUCACAGGUGGAGAUCUCAACUGGUCUGCAAAGAAAAGGGAAAAACUGCAGAAAGCAGCUGCAUCUGAGUAA